AUGGCAAAGUUAAUAGUACAUAUUGCUUUUUUCAUCUAUUGCCAGGCUGCCGCUCCAGCUGCACGUGGAGGAGUAGGAGCGGGAGAAAGAGGAGUAGCUGCGGAGGUUGUCACAGAUUAUAAAACAGAUAAGUUAUGGGAAGAUGGCCGAUUAAUAGCGACAACAAAAGUAGAAGAAUCAAUAUCGAUGAAUUGUGGCACAGUGGAAGAUGGACCAUUGUUUAUUUUAAUGCAGAAACCGUUUUUAUCUCUGGGAAAAUCUCUUGAUUUGAUAAAGUGA